UUUACUUUCUUCGUAAUCAAUUUCAAAAAAGAUUAUAUUUAGUUAAAUCAUAUUUAGGCAUUGGGCUCCAAUGGUGCAGAGUGGUUUUAAGAGGAGUAUAUAGUUAAAGAGAGGUUUUCAGCAGAAGACUUUGUUUUUGUUGAAGCUGCGCAGGAUUGUGGGUAUGCGAGCAAGAGAAAGAAUGCUGAUGGAUUAUUGUUCUGCAACAACUUAAUAGUAACUGGUAACACAAGAAUAUUGAGCAUGCUAUUUUCAGUGGAUACCUUGGAUUAUUGAGCGUGCUAUUUUGAGGUAGAUGGUGAAUUAUAAUUUAUUGAGUUCAUUUUAUAUCAAUGGAAGCCAAAUUCUUUCGUUUUUUGAAAAUUGUUGGAGUUGGCUACAAAGCCAGGACUGAGGAGGAAGGCCGUAAGCUAUUUCUAAGGUUAGGAUAUAGUCAUGAGGUUGAACUCGAUGUUCCACCUAGUGUUCGUGCCUUUUGCUUCAAGCCCAACAUAAUCUGUUGCACAGGAUUAGAUCUGCAAAGGGUUAGUCAGUUUGCUGCUACUGUUAGAGCUUGUAAGCCUCCAGAAGUUUACAAAGGAAAAGGUAUACUCUACAUGGAUGAAACUAUUAAGAAAAAGGAAGGGAAGAAGAAGGCAAAGUAAUUUGUUCAGUGGCAUAUCAAAAUUUGGAAUUGGAACAUUUUGGGGGAGUUCAGAAUAGAUGGUUGUCUAUUCUUGAGAAUAUUGUUUGGAUGUGAAGGCGGAGUUAUAUUGAAAGAUUUCAUUUGGAUCUCACAUAUCCAAUGAGUUAUUUUGAGGAUUAAUAAAAGACAUAAAUUCACACUAAUGCCAUUUUAGUUUAAAUAAAAAUGUUGUCUGAUUAAGAAUA